CUCUCCCCUCCCCUCCCUGCAGCCGCCGCCCGCCCCGCGCGAGCAAGGUCACGGCCGAUUAGCGCUGCGUCGAGGCGACGGGUCGAGGCGCGCCGUCGACCCCCACCCCCCGUGCCUGCGACCGCGUCCCAGCCGCCGCCCCUUCUUCCUCUGCUCCGGUGCUCGCCUUCCAACUCCGACGCCAAGGAAGAGAGGGCUUCCCGUCGGCCGCUCGCUCGUAGCCUGUACCCGUCCAGCGCGCGUGGAGAGGGAAGUUGGCGAGGGUUUCGUCGGCGGGCACGCGUCGGGCGGAGGACUUCGGAUCUGCCAGCACCCAGUAACGGAGUCCUCCUCCUGCUCUCCCUCUUCCCCGCGGCUGCCGGCGACGGGCGCUUCCGACUGUCACGAAUCGAUUGCCCGCCACCUGUUCGACGGAAUGCUCGAGAUGGCUGCGGCGAGUGACAGUGACCCUUUUGGAGACCUCCCUGACGAGCUUCUAUGGCGUGUGCUGUCCUUCCUGUCGGUGGAGGAUGCCCUGCAGACCUGUGUGCUCAACACCCGAUGGCGCGAUCUCUGGAGGCGCUUGACCAGUUUGUUGUUCGUCUUUAAUGGGCCAACAUUUCCGCGAUACAACCGUUUCAAACAGUUGGUGAAGCUGGUCAUCUGUCUCCGUGGGGACUCGCCUCUCAUCAGGUGCGAGAUCGAUGCCUGUCCUGACGAUGAGCCUGAGAACACGUUCACAAACACCAGGCUGUUGAUUGACUACGCUCUGGCAUGCAAAGCUGAGGAACUCGUAGUAAGAGCAGCUCACAUUCAGUACGCCCUACCAGUGUUUGAUGUGCCUCUGAGUCUCAUUUCCCAACACUUGAAGACCCUGCACCUUGAAGGGGUCAACCUCAACCACUCUGCUUUGAAGUUCUCAGGCUGCCUGGUGUUAGAGGAUCUAAGGAUUCAACUUUGCAACAUUCGUGCAUGUGAGAUAUCAUCCAUGUCACUAAAGCGCCUGUGCAUAGCCGACUACUGUUCUCUACCUGACAUUGUGCGCCUUCGGAUUUGUGCCCCGGGUCUUAUCUCACUUCAGCUAGAGGAUUUUGAAGGCCUGACACCUUUCCUUGAAAACAUGCCAUUACUAGAAACAGCCCAUGUUAACCUUGAAGAUGGAUGCCAUGAUCACUGUCGCAGUAAUCAGGGGGUUUGUGAUAAUAUUGUCUGUGGUUGUCAUGCUUAUCCUGUCAAGGAGGGGGUGCUUCUCAAUGGUUUGUCCAAUGCUGCCAAGUUGGACUUGAUAGCUUUACCUAAAAUGUUUCUGUACAGAUGGGAUUUGAAAUGGUGCCCCGUCUUUGGCAAAUUAAAGACUCUGUUACUCAAUGAGUGGUUUACAACUGUUGACCUUGUUUGCAUUCUCCGACACUCUCCAGUUCUUGAGAUACUCACUCUUCAGCUUGAUAACACCGAGAAUAUUGUAGGAGCAACAGGAGCCCAAGAAACAAUAACACAAUCAUUUUUGUGUGAACGCCUAAAGUUCGUUUAUAUUGAAUGUGAAAAGGUUGAUGAGGGAGUUCGUUCAAUCUUGAGUAUCUUAAGUACAUGCGGCAUACUUCGUGAGCAAAUUAGCAUCAAGGAGGAUCCACGUUUGGACUCAGAUUAUUCAUCCGCUGAUAGUGACUCCAGUGAUAGUGACUAAGAUGUGUGGUCAGUCAUGUUGUUCAUCUGAAGACUUCUGUUUCUCUAAAGAAUCUGCAAUGGCGGCCAUGUGUUCGCUGUUAGGCUGUAACCGUGAAGUUCUGUUUCUGCUUCCCAUCUUUGGUCUCUGCCGGAAUUCUGUCUUUAUGGUUUGUUUGGUGCAACUCCAAGACGUUCCACUUUGUCCUGGAAUCUAAAUGAUGGUUACAACAUUGCUAUGUUUCUAUAAUCUGCCGGGAAUCUGAAUGACGGUUACAUACAUAUUUUGUACUCCUGGCAGAUUCCUUUUCCCCGUGUGUCAUCAAUAUACACCGGAAUUGCAGAUGCA